GAGCACACCCCUGACCGACACCAUCACGGUGUGCCUCUGUCAACUUCCCAUUUCAUUUUCAACCUAUUUUCUCUCGACCGUAGACGUGAUCUCACCUGGAUUUGCCUUUUUUUUACUACGUUACAUUAUUCUAAGAGUUUGUUUGAAUGUACUUUUGCCCUUAAGAGGAUCCAGGGAGUUGAUUUUCUUCCAGAGGGAAUAGACGUUCAGACGCGCGAGGACAACAUGACUUCUACACGGGAGCUCUACGCCUUUUUAACAUUCACCACCAUGAUGAUGGUACACCACUGUAAAGCAGAUUUCCCUCCUCCACCAACAGGGCUGACUUUUAAAUGGCUGGACCCGUUUGCUGUCAACGUGUCCUGGCAGGAUCCCAGCGGCCUGCAGGACAGCAAUGUCAAGUACAAAAUCCGCAGGAAAGGGUUUGAAGAUCCUUUUAAGUGCAGCCCCGACAAAUAUUUAAAAGUCAGCUCUCUCACAGAACAGACUGGUUCUGAUCAUUGGACGUACCAAGUGUGGACAGUUGUUGGCAACUGUGAGAGUACAAAUGAGAGCAAAAAAGUGAACAUUACCAUUAAUUCCCCAAAGACCCAAGUUAAAUUAAAGGACACGAAAUGCAUCAUCUACCCAGAGGGAAUGAACUGUUCCUGGAACUCAACACAUCAGCCUUUUAACCUCUCCUAUAGGACUUGUCCUGAGGAAACUUUAAAACCUUUAAGAGCGUGUGAUCGGCCUUACAGCAGUGCCGAAAGGAGUGGGUGUUAUCUGAAAGACGAUGAAUUCAAAGAAAGAAAAUUAGACGUAUGCAUUCUCGUGGAAACUGAAGCUGGAUGGAGCACCUUUAAUCCUCGUUUUGUGGUACCUCCACCUAAACUGAUCAUCAAAGAAGAAAAAGAUUAUCUAAGAUUAGAGGGGGAACAUCAAUCGAUCGGAAGGUGUCAAUGGAAUUUCACAGUCUGCUACACCCGAUGCAAUAAGCCUGAAGUAUGCAUUUCGAAAGUAGGACCCUCGGAAAUUCGCUACGAUAAAGACUGCCUUUACGAGUUCCGAUCUAGAACUGAAUCACUCUAUUGCGUUAAAUUAACCAGUGAUUUUAGCGAUGUUGUAAAAUAUGGUUCUAACAAGCCUCCUGACCAGACACUGAUGGUGGUCGCCAUCGUCGUCCCCAUCAUUCUGUCCGUCUGCAUCAUUCUGUCCUGCUACUGCUUCAGGAAGCAUAGCUCCAUUUUGUGCCCCAUCAUACCAGACCCUUCAGCAAUAUUCAAGGAAAUGAUGAUAAACGGGAACAAAGAUCAUAAGACGACAGGGAAUUUGUACACGCCGGUACCAGAACCUAUUGAAUCCUGUAAAGUUACCGUGGUAGCUGAAAACAGUGACCUAUAGAGCAAAUCUCCUGACGUGAACACGCACAGUAGAGUGCCCGCAGUGAAGCUGGACUUCCACUCAGGGCCAACUCAUCAGGAACAUUGACUGAGUAGCUCAAAAACAGGCUGAAACGCUGUAAUCCACUGACCUCUAGUGGUGUAAAGUUUCAAGUCAAGCUGUUUUUGCAUCUUUACAGACAUGUCUGACUGCAGCUCAGGGAAGAACUUCACCUUUCAUGAAGUCGUGGAAAAACAAGAUUUUCAGCUGCUAUUACGUAAAGGUAGUGUUGAUGUACACUGCUGAGUCCUCCCCUUUACAGGAUAAGGAAAUGCACUGGCUCUUAAAAGGAAAAAGCGGAUCCUGUGGAGGAAGACGAGAGUAGUAUACGAGAAGCUGGUGGCCCUAUGGAUUUCUCCUGUACUAAAUGUCUUGGCACAGGAUGUAGGACUCAAACGCCAGUAUGACAGCAAGACAAUGGGAAAGGGAGCAAUGACUUAAAUUAAAAGCACAUACUUCUACUGAUCCCUAAUAGUUUUUACGACAAUCGCUCGGAAUUCCAACCUGUGGGGUUUAGCGUAUAAUCACAGCUUUAAACAAUUUCUGGAAAGAGGACAAUACCAGAGAACUGUGAAGGCAUGAGGGCAAAAAACUGACAACUUGGCUUUCAGUCAGUCUGUUGAUUCUGUGUUUUCUGUCUGCUUGCUCACAGAAUCAUCCAAAAACAAAAUGCCAUAUCACCAUUAGUCACACUCCCUUCCUUCCUUAAAAAGCAGAAAUGUGUUCUUUCUUUGUUCUCUUGUCGCUUUGGUACGUGAACACCAUCUGUUGAGUGAUUGCUUAUUUUCACAGCUUAGAGAUAAUAAAGAAAGAGAAAUUGAAAGUG